AUGAAGGAUAUUAGACCUUUCAUUCCCGAAUCCAUCACUCGGCAGUCGGAUGAUGAUGAAGCUGAACUUGAGGAACAACAAAGGGAAGAAGAACGAAAACAAUUACACAUGAUGCAAUUGAGAAAAUCCAUCUUUUCUGCAUCAUCUGCUGGAAUACCAACUCCUUCCAUUGCUAAUUCAUCAGCAGCAAACAAUGGUGGAGGUGGAGGAUUGGCCAUUCCACCCUCCAUUCAACCUCCUCCAGCUGUGGCCACAAUGACCAUCAAUGGACUUCCUCCUCCAAAUCCAAAUGUAUCCGGCACAGGAUCUUCAUCACCAUCAAUCCAAUGCUUACAGUUUCCUCUGUGA